AUGGCACGUCCGCGACAGGAAACGUUCGAGGUGGUUGUGGAGACCGGGAAAUCAUCGAAGUGCAUUAGGUUCCUGCGUUUCCUCUGGAAAUUCUUCAGAUGCGUUUUCUCCCACGUGUUUCUGGUCUCGUUGGUCGUGAUGUACUGUGUCAUCGGCGCGUACGCUUUCGAGGCGCUGGAAUCGCCCCACGAAAAAGAGGUGAAGAAGAGUAUCAAGGACAUAAGAGGAAACGUGGCGGAGCAGUUAUGGAAGAUCACAAAAGAGGUCGAGGUACUGAUUCGCGAAAAUUGGACAGACAAGGCGUUGCGCGAGUUGAAGGGCUUCGAGAACAACCUCGUGUGGAUGAUGGAGAAGGAAGGGUGGGACGGCAGAGAGGGCGAGGACGAUAUUCAAUGGACGUUCGCUGGUGCUUUAUUCUACUCGAUCGUGGUUAUCACAACGAUCGGGUACGGCCAUAUCGCUCCGAAGACCAAGAACGGGAAAGUGGUGACCAUAUUUUACGCCAUCUUGGGGAUUCCCCUGAUGCUGCUAUGCCUCUCGAACAUCGGCGACAUCAUGGCCUCCAGUUUCAGAUUCUUGUAUUGGAGGGUCUGCUGUUACGUCUGCACGAAACCACCCAAAAAGAAACGAACCAGACCCCAUUUCGGUCGAUCGUAUUCCGUCCGACAACCAGGGCGAUACGGCGGAAGUAGAGGUGCCUUUCGACGGUCCAUCAGAGUCAGCCAGAGGUCCGCCGAUUCGGCUCUGGGCCUGUCGGAAUGCAUGACGAGGUCUUCGUUCUCCGAUAUGGACAGCAAGUAUAAUUCUCGACGCUACGAGGACACGGAGAACAAGAGGCUGAGUCCGUCUUUCCAGCCACCUGGAGCCUCGAAUCUAAGUCCGAAUAUAGGAUUCAAAUCGGCGACGAUUUCUCGGUACUCUGAUUUACCUGUCGAGCCUCCCAAGGCAACCACAGCUAGUCCCAAGAUGACGCAAUCGUUGGACAGAAGGCUGGUGAUGAAUCGUGCGCCGAACGACACGGAUCGUUCGCCGGUUUUGUGCAACAAAUACGCUCUGGACGAUCUUGAGAACGAGUUGCAACGAUGGCAAACGUCCGCCGGAGGUAGAAGAUCAACAAUGGAGAACUCUAGCAAAGCACAAGAUGUGGAAGCAACUGGAAACGUGGACCAGGUGGAGAAACAAGUUCCGUACACUACAAGAUCAUUGCCCAGAAGGUGUCUGUCGGUCGAGGGUGCUACCACAAACUAUAAAUCGAACUUAGCGUCGCCCCUGCGCCCCUCGCCUACUUACUUCGAGAUGGAGAACACUAGAAGGCUUCCGUCGAUGAGAUCCAGACGCUACAGAAGCAACUAUCCCGUUGCUCGAUCCUACAGAAGAGACACACUGCCGCAGGAUAUAUUAACAACCACGGGGCUGCCUAUUCACAGGCAAUAUUACGUGGACGACUUCGAUUCCGAUUAUGAGUAUUACACGACCACAGACGACGAUAGACAACCGAUAAAACCGGUGCCGAUCUGGUUGUGCGUGUUUCUAGUGGUCAGUUACAUAUUUGGAGGCGCGUUUCUGUUCAGCGCCUGGGAGCAGUGGCCGUUUCUCGAUUCCGCUUAUUUUUGCUUCAUUACCCUCACCACCAUCGGGUUCGGGGACUUCGUGCCGGCGUACAAGCUCGACGCGCACAAAGGGAUCGCGGUUUGCUCGUUGUACUUGUUAUUUGGAAUCGCUUUGCUGGCGAUGAGCUUCAAUCUGGUGCAAGAGGAGGUGAUCAACAACGUGAAGAACGUCGCGAAGAGGCUCGGGAUCAUCAAAGAGAGCGACGACGAGGAAGAAGCAGACGACUACGACCCGUACGAGGCUGAAUACAACGACGAGGUCGACAACGAGCUCGAGGGCUACGUCCUCGAUGCCCCUCGAUCUCACUCGAUCACGAGAAACGCCCGUGGAAUCUCCAUCGCGUAG